GUACUCGGUCGCUAUAUUUGUAAUUAAUACACUUAUCAUGCGCAUAUAAACAAACAGCUUCGCGCUUACGUGAAACGUAAAAAGAAAACAAAAAACAAAAAAUAAAAAAUACGUUUUCAGUGGAGAGCGCCUCAUUUACUCAUCGCGGUGGUUUCCUCGGCGCCUCAUUUGCUAACAAUCGCUUUUAGUUGGACCGCUUGACGGCGCUACACUUCAGUUUCGUUUUAAAGCGCAAGCCGAUCGUUUGCUUUUAAUUUACGAGUGAGUGUGUGAAAAGUAAAAGUUUUAAUUGGAAUACACGGCAGUAAAUAAUACACAUAUAUGUUAAACACAAUGAAGUCCUUUUCGCUGUUCGCCGCACUGUUGCUGCUUCUGGCUGCAUUCGCCACGUUGACUCAGGCUUCGUUUUGUCCUUGCGAUCUCACGCAGAAAGGACAAAUAUGCGGCUCCAACGGUAUUACGUACAAAAAUCGUUGCGAGUUCGAGUGCACGCAAAAAGACUACAAAAAGCUGGGCCGUAAAUUGAACAUUGCCAAGACGGGUCCCUGCGAUGCGCCACUUAAUUAGGGGUUGGCGAGAGGAGUGGCACAUUGAAAGGCAGAUGGUUACAGGUGAAAUUGGCAGCUGACAAAAUGUUGGGUGAGAGUGCGGUGGCAGGAAGUCUACAGGAAGCAUUGGUGUUUUUACGGGAAAUUGAGUGAAAGGAAGUUGUGCCCUACGCAUUACAUAUACAAUACUGUUCGCGGCGCCAGUAAAGUGGUGCACACAUAUGCACAUGUAGUUUUAGAUAUCUUGAGAUUUCGAGCACUUUUCGUGUUUAUAUCAUCAAUUAUAAAUUUACUAAUAAAUAAUUACUAAACUUGCUGAA